AUGGCUUCUUAUAUCCAGGAGGUGACCAAGAACACUGCAAGGGAUGUCCUUCAACUCAUCACCCAGACCUCCGAAAACCUGAAGAUGAUGGAAGUUUCAGAACAUUUUGACCCCAUCCAAGAACUUGGGACGGGUUCAUAUGGAAAGGUCCUCCUUGCCAAACAUCGGGAUUCAGGUCAGUUAGUGGCCGUGAAGCUGCUUAACAAGGAGAAGGUUCCAAUGGACAACUUCAUGGUUGAAUAUGGGUUGUCUGUCAACCUCAGUGGUCAUCCCAAUAUCAUUAUGACCCAUGAAGUUGUCUUUCAUACAAGCAAAGACUAUGUGUUUGUCCAGGAGGCGGCAAUGGCUGGAACUCUUUUUUCCCUAAUAAAGCCAAAUGUUGGAUUAAAUGAAGAUACAGUGAAGCGCUGCAUUCCUCAGAUAGCGAGUGCAUUGGAAUACAUGCACAGCAAAGGGGUGGUCCACCGUGACAUCAAGCUGGACAAUAUUCUGCUAAUGGACUUUGAAUGUAAUACAAUCAAAGUGGCAGAUUUUGGACUGGCAAGGCUCCAGGGAACCGAAGCACCAUCCAUGUCCUGGUUCAUACCGUACACAGCUCCGGAACUGUGUACCCGGAAACAAGGAGAUCAGUUGCUUCUACACCCGAGCAUUGAUAUCUGGUCCUUUGGUGUCCUGAUUUACGCAGCUUUGUCUGGAUCAUUCCCUUGGAAAGAAGCAGAGGGUUGUGACCCAAUUUACAGGGGCUUUGCUUGGUGGCAAGCCAGAAAGGAUCUGACCUUAGCACCAGAAAAGUGGAAGAAGUUCUCUCUUGAAGCCAGGCAAAUGUUCUGGGACCUUUUGGCCCUCAAUGCUUCCGAGAGGUGCUCAGCCAUGGACAUUCUAAAAUAUCUUCAUGUGCCAUGGAAAGCAGAAAUACUUUCAGAAAACCAAACAAGGAGAACUGUAAUUCAAAUGGCCUACAGAGGAAAUGAUGCUCAUUCUGGAGCUACCACAAGUGCCUCCUCGUGUCUUCUACCUGAUGAGAAAACUUCACUUGCUAUAGGAGCUGAGGUGGAAAUUGCAUAG